GAAUAGAAGUUGGAGGAAUUGUAAUCAUGUCUGGAAGAGGCAAAGGCGGCAAGGGACUCGGGAAAGGAGGCGCUAAGCGUCACCGCAAGGUUUUGCGUGAUAACAUCCAGGGAAUCACCAAACCCGCUAUCCGUCGUCUUGCUCGCCGUGGCGGUGUAAAGCGUAUUUCUGGUCUAAUUUAUGAGGAGACUCGCGGUGUGUUGAAGGUGUUUUUGGAGAACGUGAUCCGCGAUGCUGUUACUUACACUGAGCACGCCAAGAGAAAGACCGUCACCGCCAUGGACGUCGUGUACGCUCUGAAACGCCAGGGACGCACCCUGUACGGUUUUGGAGGUUAAACAAAUGCAUGCUAGCAAACAAACCCAA